AUGGUUGGAGUUUUCCGGCGAUCGCUCUCUUUCCCAGCGAAGAUAAAUCCGAGCCGAUCUCUGAAGCCGGAGAUCUCUCAGCACAUCAGAUCUGUGAGUCUCCUGGUCAGAUCUCAUCCCCUCUUCUCACAGCUGGGCAACGACGUCUCCGACCUCCGAUCGCAGUGGCUUUCCGGCGGUGGCGCUGUCCGUACACUCGAUUGGAUCCUCGAUGGCCUCCGUCGCCUCCGCGACGUUCACGAAUGCUUGUCCGAGAUUCUCUGCCUCCCCCAGACUCAGGACUGCCUCCGCAACCGCUGCGAGGAGGAUUCCCUCGCCGAAAACCUUCUAGAAGAUCUCCUCCGCUUCGUCGACGUAUUCGGAACGUUUCGGACCUCGAUCCUUGCUCUCCGGGAACACCAAGCGGAAUCUCAGGCGGCUCUCCGACGAAGAGACGAAACCAAAAUCGCUAUGUACCUGAAAGCUCGCCGGAGAAUCGCCAAAGAGAUCGCCGGACUCUCCGCCUCGGUACGACGCUGUACGAAGUUGGAAUGCCACGUAAUCACGGUGGAGUCGUCGUUAUCGUACGCGGAGGCUGAGCUGGCGGCCGUGAUAACGGAAGUUAUGGAGGCGACGGCUGUGAUAUCGCUGGCGUUAUUUAACGGCGUGAACUCGGCUUUGGGAUGCAGUAAAACGGCGUCGUGUGGAGCGGGGCUAUUGAGGAGGGGCAGAAAUGUCAGAGUGGAGGAAGGGAUAGAGGAGCUGAAGGGGAUCCGCGGGGAGAGUUUGUCGGGGCUGAGGAAGAUGAAAAAUGAGGACGUUAGAGUGGUAUUGAGGAAAAUGAGGGAGUUAGAGGAGGGUAUUUUGGGAAUUGAAAUUGCAAGUGAGAAGGUGUUUAGGAGCUUGAUUAAUACUAGGGUUUCUUUGCUUAAUCUUCUUACCAAAUAA